GUGUUCGGGGUAAUUGUAUAUGUGUACCAAAGUCAAUAUUGUUCUGUGAUAAUAGCCAAAAAAUGAAUUUUUUAGAUUUUAUAUGAUAACUUGUGACUUUUAGGACUGUUACAACAGAAGAAGAAGAACUUACUAUUCUGUUCCGUUUAUAAUCCUUCAACGUGGAACAAUGUCUUCACCGUUAAUUGAUAAGUUUAAACAAUUUGAUGCCUAUGCAAAAACGUUAGAAGACUUCAGAAUAAAAACUGCAACCGGUGCCGCAAUUACCAUCACCGGUACUAUAAUAAUGCUUUUACUGUUCUUAUCAGAACUCAAUACAUACAUUUCCCCAAACGUAUCUGAAGAAUUGUUUGUCGAUACAUCAAGAGGUCAUAAAUUAAGAAUAAAUUUUGAUAUAACUGUACCCAGAAUCUCUUGUGACUAUUUGGUGUUGGAUGCAAUGGAUUCAUCAGGAGAACAACAUCUUCAAAUGGAUCACAACAUACACAAAAGAAGACUGGAUCUUGAUGGAAAUCCUAUUGAAGAGCCAAAGAAAGAAAAUUUUGUGACAUCAUCUCAAAGAAUAGAACACAAUAAGACAAGUCUUGCUAAAGUAGAAUGUGGUAGCUGUUAUGGAGCUGCUUUCAAUGAAUCACAAUGUUGCAAUACUUGUGAAGAUGUUAAGGAAGCUUAUAGGCUGCGCAGGUGGGCUUUACCAAACCUGUCAACAAUCGAGCAGUGUAAAGGUGACGAAUCAAUAGAAAGAACCAAUUUAGCCCUAAAAGAAGGUUGUCAGAUAUAUGGCUACAUGGAAGUAAACAGGGUUGGAGGAAGUUUUCAUAUAGCACCUGGGAAAAGUUUUACAAUUAAUCAUGUUCACGUACAUGAUGUACAGCCAUUCUCAUCAUCAGCAUUUAAUACAACACAUAUAAUAAAACAUUUAUCUUUUGGAAGUAACAUAAAAAGUGGCAAUACUGCACCAUUAGAUGGAAUAGUUGGUUUAGCAAAAGAAGGUGCUGUAAUGUUUCAAUAUUAUUUAAAAAUUGUUCCAACUAUGUAUGUUAAGUUGGACAAGUCUGUUCUAUAUACAAACCAAUUUUCGGUUACACGACAUCAAAAAUCAGUGUCGAAUGUCAACUCUGAAUCUGGUAUGCCCGGUGCCUUCUUUAGUUAUGAACUCUCACCACUUAUGGUAAAAUAUACAGAAAAAGAAAGAUCCAUCGGUCAUUUUGCUACUAACAUAUGUGCUAUAAUAGGAGGAGUCUUCACAGUUGCUGGUAUAUUUGAUACAUUAUUAUAUCAUUCACUUAAUGCCUUUCAAAAUAAGAUAUUACUUGGAAAAACUGGAUAGUUUCUUUAUAUUGUCUUUAAAAAGGUAUUAAAGUCACUCACAUUACAUUUUGCAUAUUUUUUACAAAAUUCUACAUCUGUGCCCUCUACUAAUGCCUUAAGUGGAACAAAAUUUUCCUUCUUAGGAUCAAAUUGAUCCCUUCCUAGCUUUUUAAGAAACAUAUGACGUUGUUUUACCCGAAAAUUCCUAGAUAACAAUACCUCUGGGCAAAGAAGUAUAAUGGAGUGAGGUAUAUUCAUAACAUUAUGGAUAUACUUAAAUCUCUCCAAAAGCGCCCGUUGAUCUGAAAC